AUGCAGAUAUGGAUUGGAAACAAGAGGGGGAAGGAGAAGAGGAAAGGGGAGAGCAGUGUGACCAAAAAUAAAAAAUCAUACCGGUAUACGAGUGGACCAAAUGCGUUCAGCUUAUUUUUAAGCAAGAUGAAAAGAGGGAAUGAGGAUAAAGCAGCAUUUUUUACAAAGGCAGCAGCCAAAUGGCGGUUGCUGCCUGAGAAUGAAAAGCAACCGAUUCAGGAGGAGGCAGCCAAGUUACGACAGGAUCCGAUGAAGGGUAUGUCGAGGGAGAAAUUAAUUCAUACGGAGCUGGCGAUCAUGUCAAAAUGUUGUGACAGGCUGAGCAGUUUUGGUUUUCAUUUCGGUGGAAUUGGUGUGGACACGACUGAGAAGUGUCCACCAGUGGUUGUUGGCUCCCACCUUGGUGUUCAGUUCAUGAACAAACCAGAACUGCAAGCGCAAUACACAAGGCAUUUCAUUGUUGCUUUAUUUUUGUCAAGCCUGCUUGCUGAAGCGAAGACAUAG